AUGUGCAUGACGAUGGCUGCGCGCGCGGCAGCUGGCAGGCACGGCCACUUGACGCCCGUGUGGAACUACACCUCCCUGGGGCAGCCGUACCCCGCCCAGGCGUCCGAGGAGGGACCUCGAGUUCCGCGUGCUCGACGGCAGCUCGCUGUUCCGCCCAGUGCUCUGCGGCGUGGCGCGGCGGCCCCUGCGGGAGCUGGUGGACGCCAGGGAGGCGCAGCAGCUGGCGCUCCUGAGCGACGGCGAGGAGAGACGGGAACCAUCACCGUGCACGUAUCGGUUGCGAAGGUCGGCGAGGGCCAGCGGAGGCCGCGGAGCGAGGCUGACCUCACCUACGCGGACCCGGCGCUCUUCGAGACGCCCGUCGCCCGGUUGCCCGUCUCCGGCGGCACGGCCCCCUUCUUCCAGCUGCGGCUCCGCGCCACGGAGCGCUCCCCGACGUACUACAUCGGGAAGGACCUGGCCCACACGCAGGACGAGGUGCAGUUCUACGAGGACGCGCUCGCCCUCACGUGCGGGCCCGCGGACGAGCAGGAGGGCCUCGGGGGCCUCCUCGGCUUCAUGUUCGAGUACCUCGGCAUCCUGCAGGCCCGGGAGGAGGGCUCCGCCGAGGACGCCGAGCCGAGGAAGAUGCUGGUGCUCCGCAACCUCUUCGACGGGUGCACCGCGCUCCGCAUGCUGGACAUUAAGAUCGGACAGAAGACCGCUGCCGCGGGCCACCACGGGAAAUCGCGCUUCAAGGCGUGGCUGCGUGGCAUCGUCGACCCGCUGACCAACUCUGGCUCUCAGGGGUUCCGCCUCGCCGGCUUCAACGGGCAGCCGUUGUCCUACACCUCCCGGGAUCCCAUCAUCGCGGCGGAGGCCCUGGGCGCAGGCAGCGAGGACGUCCGGAAGAAGGCCGGGCGCAUGAUGUUGUCGCAGGUGAGGGGGGAUGAGAUGCUCCUGUACUUCCUGGACACGCGCCAGCUCGCGCGCACCGUCACCGGCGCCCCGGGCGAGCUGGCACCCUCGGAGCUGAUCUGGUGCUGCACGAGGUCGUGGUGCAGCUCGUGGCCCUGGCCGUGGCGUGCCGCCACGCCGCCGCGCCCCAGAAGUGGGUCGGCAGCUCCGUGGGCCUCGCCUUCGACGGCGGCCGGCUGCCGCGCCUGGCGCCGGGCGCCACCAGAGGCCAGCUGGAGGACGAGGUGCGGCAGGGCGUGCGGGUCCACGUGUUCGACUGGGGCCGCUCAGACCUGAACACGUUGGCACGACACCGGGAGCUGCCCCGGGAGGAGCAGCUGGAGAUCUCCGAAUACUGGGGGUACUACGUCGGGGGCGUCGACCGCCUGGCGUGGCAGGCAGCCCGGAUGUACUUCCACCGUUUCGGCA